GCAUGAUGAGGCGCACCCUGGAAAACCGGUAACAGCCCGAGCCCAGCUGCCCAGGGCCGCCCACACUGGAGGGCUGGGGUGAGGGAAGUGGAGCCUCUGUCCGUGGGGCCUCUGCGCCGAAUUCCGACCCUGGGCGGCAGGCUGCACGGUCCCCGCUGUGGCCUGGGGCCUAAUUCCCUGGGCUGCAGCGAGCGCCGGCGGCGAAGGGGAGCCCGGGGCCCGGCCGGCUGCCACCCACCCACGCCUCCGGGUCUCGGGUCCCCACACUGCCGCGGGCAGUGCAGAAGCCUUGGAGGCAGCCGGGCUCCCAGGCCGCGCUGCGCGGAGCAGCCACCUCCCCAGUUAAGGCCAGGCCCACCCGGCCUGGGCCUCUUCCUGUGCCUCUUCCUGUGCCUACACUGUCCGGAUAGUGAGGUCAGGACCCCAUGGAGAGCAGUCCGCGCCGGGAGACGGUGGAUCGUUGGAACGCUCAAACGAAACAACUGCAAACAGCUGUCUCAAAUGUGGAGAAGCAUUUUGGAGAACUGUGCCAAAUCUUCGCUGCCUAUGUGCGGAAAACUGCCAGGCUGAGAGACAAAGCCGACCUCCUGGUGAAUGAAAUCAACGCGUAUGCUGCUACAGAGACCCCACAUUUAAAGCUGGGCCUGAUGAACUUUGCUGAUGAGUUUGCCAAACUUCAGGAUUAUCGACAAGCAGAGGUUGAAAGACUUGAAGCCAAAGUGGUUGAACCCUUGAAAGCUUAUGGGACCAUUGUGAAAAUGAAACGGGAUGACCUCAAGGCAACAUUCACAGCAAGGAAUCGAGAAGCAAAGCAAUUAACUCAGUUAGAAAGAACACGUCAGCGAAACCCAUCUGAUCGACAUGUUAUUUCACAGGCAGAAACGGAAUUACAGAGAGCUGCAAUGGAUGCUAGCCGAACAAGUCGUCAUCUGGAGGAAACUAUUAACAACUUUGAAAGGCAGAAAAUGAAGGAUAUAAAGACUAUAUUUUCUGAAUUUAUCACAAUCGAAAUGUUAUUUCACGGCAAAGCUUUAGAGGUCUACACUGCUGCCUACCAGAAUAUACAAAACAUUGAUGAAGAUGAAGAUUUAGAGGUUUUCCGAAAUUCUCUGUAUGCACCAGAUUAUUCAUCUCGUUUAGAUAUUGUACGAGCAAAUUCAAAGUCACCUCUUCAGAGAUCACUGUCAGCUAAGUGUGUAUCUGGAACAGGACAGGUAUCCACUUGUCGACUAAGAAAGGAUCAACAAGCAGAUGAUGAUGAGGAUGAAGAGUUAGAUGUUACAGAAGAAGAAAAUUUUCUUAAGUAAACUACACAUUUCCAUUUUCAUCAUAAAUGACAUGGAAUCCACAAUGACUAAACUAUAGAACUUUAUACUCACUUUGAUAUGUUAAGCCUCAAAGUGAAGUCCAACUGGAAACAGAAAAAUAAUUAAAGGAAACUUAUGCUGACCAAAAAUGAAGGCUUUAAAAAAUAUUACAUACCAGUCAUUUCAACAUCCUAACUAGUGUUAGGUGAUUUUUGUGUAAGUACCUUUUUUUUUUCAAAGAUGGUGUAUUUCAAAGUAUUUCAUAUUAAUGUACUAUAUCUACUUGAAGUUCCAAUAGUACAUUAUGACAGAAACCAAAAGAUCUAACAAUUCUGCUUAGCUUUUUGGUUAAGACUCCAUGCUUUCAUUACCAGAAAAGGGUCCUAUGUAGUCAUUCUGAUUACAUGUAAUUCUAUUCCAUGAAGCCUUAAGAAAAAAUAUUUUUUUUUUACUUUCCCUUAAAACUUUAUCAUUUGAUAAGUAAAUUUACUUUUCAAGAGUAUAAUCAAAGAAUAAAGAUAAUGUGACACUAAGAUAUCAAUGUGUUAUGAAUACACAUAAGGCAUACAUUUCAGCUGUAAAAAAAAGCCACAUUCAAUCUGACUCUGGUUUUAAAACAAAACUGUCAUACUUAUACAUGAUACUGCAACUUUUGGAAGGCUAAUUUAGUGGAAUGUUGCCUCAUCACAGAACACCAUAAAUCAUUAAAAAUUCUAUAAAAAUUUUGCCAAGCUACCAUGCAGUUAAUAAAAGGGUAUACAAUCACUUUUAUUUCUGAAAAUAUAAAACAAUUGGAGCCUUUCAGUGUCUCUGAUGCUUCUCUUUUGGUAAGGAAUUAUACUUUUAUUUCAUGGAUCCCAGGCAGGCAUAUAAAAGGGAAUUUAUAAAAUCAUUUGGGAUAAUUAGAAAAUGCAAUUAUUCAUAACAGAAAAAUAAAGAUUUCUAGAAAGCUUUUGACUUUGUCAUUCAUGGCUCUUAACAAAGCACUCUUUCCUGAGAAUAGUCCUAAGUGACAAAGUUAUUUCAGUACUUUUUUUAAAACCCUAAAUAGAUAUUAAGAAACUCAAGAUUAUCAUUGGAUAUUUACUGCUUCCUCACUUAGUAUUUAAAUUUGGUUGUAGUUCGGGGGAAAACAGUUAUUAUAUUUAUUUUGCUGUUUACUAAAUAGCAACUUCUCUUGAGCAUGAUUUGCUUUAUUUGUAAAGUUAAAACUGCAUAAACCAAUAAUUCUAGAAUAAAACAUACAUUCUGCCUACCUCAGAGAAAUAUUCUAAGAACAAAAGGAAUACUAUCCAUGAAAAUACCUUCAUUAAUGUAAAAUUUUCAUUAUUUAGACCAGACCUAGGUUGGCAAACUUCUUAAAGGGCCAGAUAGUAAACAUUUUUACUCUUGGUGGGUUGAGGCAAAUUCAAGACUAUUAUACGGGUACUUAUGUAACCAUUUAAGACUUAAGUACACUUAAAAAUGUAAAAAACCAUUCCUAGCUUCCCACUGCAACAACAACAAAAAACAGGCAACCAAUCCAACCAACCCAGCCUGUAAGUCUCCAUCUCUUAUCUCCAAAAUAGGAAUACAAAUUGAGUAUCCUUUAUCUGAAGUGCUUGGGACCAGAAGUAUUUAAGACUUUGGAUUUCUUCAGAUUUUGGAGUAUUUGCAUUAUACCAGCUCAACAUUCCUAACCCAAAAAUCUGAAAUCUUAAAUGCUGCAAUGAGCAUUUUCUUUGAACAUCAUGUUGGCACUCAAAAAGCUUGCAAUUUUUGGAGCAUUUGAAAUUUCAAAUUUCCAGAUCAGGAAUACUCGACCUGUAGUACAUUUACUAGGAUUAUCAGAAUUAAAUGAUAGUUAAUUCAUACAUAAUUAUACAUCAUAUAGUUUCUAAUACACCUCAAUAAACAACAGCUAUUAUUUACUGCAAAAACAGAGGCAGCAAGGUCACUACUUAACAGGUGACAUAUGGAUCAAGAACCACUGCUCUUAACAGUGAUAUCAGUAAAUUAAUAGAAAUGCAUUCCUAAUAUGAUUUUUACCUAUCUCUUGGUUGUUGGAUUGACUUUCUAGACAUGAUCUACAUUUUUUUAGAUACUUUCUAGACAAAAAUGUUUAAGACAAAUGCCACUGGAUAUCAGACUAGAGAAUACACCUCCAGUGUACCUGGUAUAUCUUGAGGAUAGGAGAGGAAAAACUGGCUAUGAGAUGACAAUUACUGAAGCUGAGUGAUGUGUACAUGAAAAUUUACUGUUCUUUUUUUAUAUUUGAAAUUGAUGAGGUGCUGGGAAGCUGGCUCUCUGAGGGGACAACGGAAGGGGAAUUCCUUGAUUUGCUGCAUUUAUCAAUUUCCAUGGUGUAAAAUACUCCUGUCAUGGCCAAUUUGUUAUUGACAUAUCACUAAAGGCAGAGUUGGAGACAGAUGUGCAAAGAUGGCUCCCAACUAGAAGACACCACUUCUGUAAUAAACGUUUUAUAAUGAAGUUUAAAAA